UCCUGGAUUUUUCACUUAGUUCUUUUGGGUCUCAGGAUUAAGCAGGUUCUAGAAGCAAGAACUGUGCUAGGAGGGAGAGCGGAUUUGGAGACAGUACAGUGGUGCGCCCCUGCUCUAGGGAGGGCUGCUGAGCACUUUGGGUUUACGCUCGUCUCAUCUGAAAGCAAGACUUCGGGAAUGUCAGCUCAUGCCAGAGAAAGAUGAAUUGGAGCUUGAUCGCCCCGAGGCGCGGCAGUAACGGCAAGGUGGAAGCCUGGAUGAUGGCUGCGAGGUCCAGGGUCGCCACGCCGCCCCCACCGGAGAGACUUUUGGUAGUGAAGGUGGAGGACGACUCACCCAGAGGUGGGGAGUCAGACCAACCUGGGGCUUGGCAGGACCCCGAAACUUCUCGACAGCAUUUUAGGCAGUUCCGUUACCAAGAGGUGGCUGGACCUGAAGAAGCUCUGAGCCGGCUCAGGGAGCUUUGCCGUCGGUGGCUAAGGCCCGAGAUGCACUCCAAAGAGCAAAUCCUGGAGCUGCUGGUGCUGGAGCAGUUCCUGACCAUCCUGCCCGAGGAGAUGCAGGCCUGGGUGCGAGAGCACUGCGGGGAGAGCGGGGAGGAGGCUGUGGCCGUGGUGCGGGCCGUUCAGAGAGCGCUGGAUGGGACCUCACCCGAGGGGUUGGUGCCAUUCGAAGAUGUGGCUGUGUCUCUAACCUGGGAGGAGUGGGAGCGGCUGGACACAGCUCAAAAGGACUUCAGGGAGAGCACACAUAAGGAUGGCGGGAGCACAGUCAUGCCUAGUGAGUGCUGUCCCUCUGCUGGUUUGUAGCAGUGUGUGGUUUGUACAGGGCUGGGUUCACUGUGAUCCCUGACCAGGCUGCCAUUCACAGACAUUGUCUGAGAGCUAUGGAGUUUGUUUUGU